GGUAAGUUGAUCCCGACGCGCGCCUUCAGCCACGAGGUGGUUAUUAUUUCGCGGGGAUAAACAAACAUACGGCCUCCUUGGAAGAUGCGACCUUGAACCCGACGCAAGGCAGAUGAUACAGCAUCUCGGAGAGUGUUAGCGUCCUCCCAUCGACCGCGGCUCUCUCGGCGGCCCUCCAGGUCAUCCUUCCCCUCCCCCUGAUCGGCCGCACGUAUGGCCACCGACAUGGCCGAGGCGAUGGCGGCACAGGCCCAGGCGUCGCCCAUCUUCGACAACUCGAGCGUGUGGCACAACUUCACAAUAUGGACCGCCCAGCAUCUUGGAUAUGCGGUGAACAUGUCGAAGCUGGCACCAUCGAUAGAGGACCUCGUUUGGGCCGGUCCUAGAAUGGUGAUGAAGCUUGGCAAGUUGGGCUCGUUCAUGUCCCUGCCAGACGCCGUCGAUGGCUUCGGCCAACGUAUCAUACCCGAAUCAACCGCAGCCGGUAUGGUUCACGCGACGACUACGGGCUCAUUUGCCGCUCUAAUCGCCGACACGACCGCCGCCGUUCUUCCGCCCGUCGGCGCCGACGAAGAUCCUAAUGCACUGGUCACAAGGUUGUCGCUGGAAGGCGUCAGGGGUUUGGGCAACGUCUUCAGCUACGCCACUAGCAAAUGGGCUCUCUGCUGCGUUGCCAUGGCUGUCGUUUUGAACCGUACCCUGAUCUUUGCCGCGACUCGACGGAGGCUCCGGUUGCGAUGGCCCGUUCGGUUGCUGCUCCGGCUGCUCCCCAUUAUACUCUUUGUCUUGCAGGGCCGGACCCUUCUACAGUCCAUACAGUGCCAGACAUCCCCUGACUUCGCCGAAAUGCGCUGGGGAAAUGCUAGCAAGAGCUCCGAGCUGAUGUUCUCGCAAGCCAAUACCUUUCUCCACGGUCUGAGCUCAACACUACUUUUCGGCGCAACUGACGAGGAGUCUUGUAUAUCCGUUUCGAUGGUGCCACCUGAUAUUCAAGAGCCGAAACCCGAGCUCCGUGGGUCGCUGUCUCGACUCUGGCCGCUGUUUGGGACGUUCUGCUUGAGUCACUUCGUUGAAACGAUCUCUUGCGCCGUACAAGGGCGACCCGUCGCUGCGGAAACUGGAAUGACGCUUUUCGAGCAAUCUCUGGCAUUCGCUGAAGCCGAUUCGACGAUCGGCAGCCAGCUCGGUUGGAGUCGAUUUGCCAAUGCCUCAGCACCAACGGCAAAGGCAAGCCAAGGGAACAGCAUCGCGCUCACGAGGUCGAUGAUCAUGAAGCGGGUGAAUACGUCGCCCGAGGUCCUCUUGAUCGGCUUCCUAUCUGGAAUGAACCACAUCACAAGCCACAUACUGGGGAUUUUAAACCUUCAGUCCCGGUUCAGGCUUAUUAGCACCGGCUUCUGGGGACUGUGUUUUAUGGCGAGCAUCAUCUGGAGCGCGAUAAGCUUCUCGGUGGACGAUGCUUCGGCUCAUGGCUUGCUGCGAUAUCCAGCCGUCUGCAUCGUCGGGUUCAUACCCCAUGUCCUUGUCUUGACCGGUAUAAUCGUCUGCUGCUUCAUCUACCUCCUCGCACUGGUCCUCAGCGCCCUGGGCACCCCAGAAAUUCCCGGGGAGGACCAACAACUCAGUUUCUUGGAACGCCUCGCCGUUGCCCACGGGAACAUGCAGGCCAACGUGCCGCUUUCCGACAUCCGCAUCCGCAUGGACAUGGACUUCUACACGGCGCUUCUUAGAGCUGGUUUCGGCGCCAUCACCAUGGCCAGUGAGGCGGUGUAUCUGAACGAGGACAGCGGGGUGAAUAUCAAGCGGUACACCUGGCUCGAGGAUGAGCGGUUCCGCGAGUUGGAGGAGACGAGAAUGCAGUUCUUCGGACCGGGAAGUUCAGACUACGCCAGUACCAUUGGGCUUGUCCCCGUCAAGGACGGGCAGACGGGCGCCACAAGUGGAUAUUCACGGGAGCGAGUGGCGCAGAAGGCGCCAAAGUCUGGCGGUGGAAACAGGAGGAUUAGGGAUGGGGUCGGCGCAGCGGAAAGAAGCGGACGAUGGCUUAUGGCGCUAGAGUAUGUGAUGCACAUCAACCGGCUUCUCCUCGCCGUAUGGGCAAUCGCGCUCUCCAAAUUCCUGACCUUCGUGGGCGUCCAAACCCGACCCCGCUGGCUUCGCUGGCUCUCUCAGAGAUCCAAAGCCGAGACCGCAGGAGAUAGACGGUCGGCCGGCACAGAGCAAGGCCCGAAUGCCGAACUGAUGACCGGCCAGGAUGUUAGCGGGACCAUCCCUCGAAGCGAUAGGGUCGACGUCGAGGCAGAAGUCCGCCAGUGGUUUGGCCGGAGAAACAUGGGCGUCGGUGGACCAUCCGGGAGGCGUAGAGUCGACGAGGAGGAGAUAGACGCCACCCUCUACGGCUGGUGGCUCAAGGGCGGUUGGUGGGGGAGCGCCGAUUCCAGCGGCGAUUACGAACCGCCAACGCACCAAGACGACGACGGGGCCGAUGACCCAGACUUUGAUGCCACGAGCGUCGUCUCCACCACAGAAUUUGAGGACGACCAAUCAACCUGGGAAUCCGAUCCGGAGGAGCAAUCCGACGACGACGGACAGCGGACCCCGACACGGCAGUCCCCGAACCCGUUCGCUGCGCCCCGGAGCCGGACCCCUGCCUUCGUCGACAGCCCGCUCGCCAUGUCCGACCUCGCCCGCCUCCUGCACCCGACCAGCCCCGAGGAGCGCGACGAGGCCCGCACCCUGGCCGCGCACCUCGACAGCGACCGCAUCCUCACCCGCUCCACCUACCAGCGCGUCCGCCAGCGCCAGCGCGCCCAGGUCCUGGCGGCGCCCGGCCUCGACCUCAGGGGCCCCGCGGAGAUGACGCCCGAGGACGAGGCCGCCGCGCUCGAGCAGAUCCUGCUGUCGAGGAGGAGGGGGACGGCGACGGCGGCGGACGGCUCGGCGUCGACGUCGUCGUCGUCGUGGAUGGGCGGGGCGGCGGGCCUCGGGUCCGAGGGCCCGCAGUGCGUGGUCUGCCAGAGCUCCCCGCGGAGCGUCAUCCUCUGGCCCUGCCGGUGCCUGUGCCUGUGCGACGACUGCCGCGUGUCGCUCGCCAUGAACAACUUUGACAAGUGCGUCUGCUGCAGGCGCGAGGUCGUCAGCUUCAGCCGGAUUUACGUGCCUUGAACCCUCCCCCCGGCCGCGGCAAAAGGCUGAGGCUUGUAAAUUUAGCGUCGGGGUUGUUAUCCAUUCUUUGUGUGCAUUGCAAAUUUUUUCUUUUUUUUUUGUCUCUCUGUAUUUAUUUGGACGCAUCACUUGUGCUGAGAGACCAGCUCGUGGGUUGAUAUGGGAUUGGGGAAUCGGCACGCGUCGUCGGUCAUUCGAGAAGCGGGAAUUGUCUUUGUUACGAGGGAGGGUGGCAUUCGGAGCGUAGAACUUGAGGUAGCAACACAUACAUACCUACAGACGUACAUACGGCUGGCUCUUUACAAGGAGGCUUUCUUCAUAUUGUAAAAUUUUUAUUUUUUUUUUCAUUACGAACCCAGCCAGAACAGCUCGGACGCACAGGGUAUCUGUCUAUCAUUGCUGUAAACAACAACCAAGGCCCGACUACAUGCCGGCCCACUCGAUACAGAAGACACGAACAUCGCCGCCUG